AUGUAAUAAGAAGGUCCUACUCUUGAAAGUACAUUUUAAGCUAUAGGUAUACUAAUAACUCUAUUAUCAAUUAAUUAUACUGUAACAAGUAAAGCUAUUGCGAUAUUCAUCAGCACUAAUGCAAAAAAAAUAGAAGAAAAUAUAUAUGUUAUAGCCUAGGACAGUUUUAGAUAUUUGACUCGUUUAGAGUUAUCCAAUUACUUUAAACUAUAGUAGUAGAAAAUUAAGUAGAUGAAUUCUAAAACCAUAGUUGCAGCAACACAUAAAAAUACGUAAAGCUCUAAAAGUGUAAAUACUACUAAAAAUGACACUCCUAAACCAAAUAGAGCAAUACUCAAUCUAAGAUUUUUUCUGUAUGUUUAACGUGACCUCAUUAUUUUAUUAAUAUAUUUUAUUUCUGGAAAGUUUAUGUGUCUUUAAGAGAGUGAUUGA